CCCCCCCCCCCCCCCCCAUGAGAAUACAUUGGCAGAAGAUUUUUUUUUCUCUCUUCAGCAUUUGGUAAUCAAGACAUGAAAGUCCCUAGAAGUUUGAAAGUCCUGCCCAGUUUUUCCCCACUGCCAGCACUCAAAUGUUACCAAGUGUGUAAAAUGCCAUCAAGUUGAAGAAGAAGCUGAGGAUUUUUUUUCAGCCUACCACCCCACCUUUCUCAACUCUUUUGCUCUAUCAGUUGAGGGCUUCCCCCCCCUUUUUGUGUUCAUGCUGUUUAUGUCCCCCUAUUUACUUAUUUCAGUAGCUAUACCAAUUAUUAGUAGUAAUAUUUUUUUAAAAUUCCCAAAGGACUCUAUUGCAUCAGCAUCAGUAAUGUUUAGCAGUUUGGCAGAGAUAAAGAUGUCUCAGUCUCAGAAAAGGGAUGUCGUAGGAAGACAAGUGUCACUGGGAGACCCACCCCACUUUUCCUCUUAUCUCACGGAUCAAGUGUUCCUUCAGGACUUUCUUACGACCGUGGAGACACCCUACCAGCUGUGCAUUCAAGAGGGAGACUACUUCUCUACCACCUCAGGGAGAUUCCCAUUGGCCCUGAAGAGAACCAGCUGCCAGGUUCAGAGGUCAUAACCUUAUUACCACCACCGCUUAGAACACAUACUAGCUUUACUAUGACCAGCCAUGGAAAUGACUGCUACUUCUUCUACUAUUCUACCUGCACUAAAGGAGACAGCUGUCCAUUCAGACACUGUGAAGCAGCUAUGGGCAAUGAGACGAUCUGCAGCCUCUGGCAGGAAGGACGCUGCUUCCGUACUGUCUGCAAAUUUCGCCAUAUGGAAAUAACGAAAAAUCGAAAGGAGAUCGCUUGUUACUGGGAGAAACAGCCGGCGGGCUGCCAGAAGCCACAUUGUGCCUUCUACCAUGAAAAACCCCGCUAUGUAGAAGGUGUCUUGGUUCUACCCGAUAAGAGUGUGAAGAAGGAGAAUGAACAGCAGCAUGAAGAACCAGUUCUCCCCGCAGCUGCUCUUCUUCCCACCACAGUCAAUCCUCAGCUCAGAAGUGUCAUCAAGACUGAAACUCAGGAGCCAGUACCGAGCCCCACCCAUCCACCAGUGGUGAUUAAUCCAGCAGAUGAUGAUGAGGAUGAAGAUGACCAGUUCUCAGAGGAGGGAGAGGAGGGAAAGGGUGGCCCUUCUCCUAGAAAGCUACCAAAAUCAGAUGAUUCACUGAACUUUGGAGUGAGCACAUUGGAGGAGAUCCGGCUAAGGAAAGCCCUGAAGGCCAGCAUGAAGAGAGCUGGUUACCCCAUCCAGACUGCUGAACCAUCUACCAAUGGAGAGAAAGAAAACAUCCACACAUUUUUUCGACCAGCACUUUUCGACUCCAGAGAUGAACCUGGGAGAGCAAGAGUCAGUGUGACUGAAAGACUUGGAAGAAAGAUUAACAACACUGAUCUAAGAAGUGCAGAAGAUGUCCCCGUGAAAAGGAGUCUGGCUGAGCGUUUGGGUAGGGUCAUGGACAUGGACCGAGCAUCCAUACCCCCUCAGAAAGCUUUAAAACCUGCAAAAGAAAGACUUGGAUUGCUUUGUGGUCCUGUUGCAGCCACUCAGUCAGCUGAGAGCAGUGUGGUAUCACAGAAAGUUCCUGAGCAGAUACAUAUAAAAACUCUUGAGGAGAUCAAACAGGAGAAGGCAGUCAUGUCCCAACCUGAGAGCCAGAAAAACACCAAGGGCAGCACUGGCAAAGCCAGCAGUGGGAUCAAGCGAGCCAUCAGUGUGAAAGACGCCUCCAUCGGAAAUGUCAAAACAUUUUCUGAGAUUCUUCGGGACAAGAAAAAAAGGCAGGAGGAGGAACCUAAGGUCAAUCGCACAUGGGAGAACGCUCCAGGGAAGAGCAAGGAAGAGUCGGACGUAGAUGGGGUUGGGCCUGAGGUCACAAACGUGGGUGAAGUUAGAGUAAAAACCCUGGAAGAGAUCCGCAGGGAGAAGGCAGCAAGGAUUCAGGCUAAGCAGGCAGUGGAGGCUGAAAAACAGAAGAGCUCUGAUACUGAAGAGAACACUACCAAGAAGCCCCGCCUACUGCUCAUUAAGAAGCCGGCUCCUCAAAGUAGCAUCGCAACAGAGAAGAGUGCUGAAGUGACAAAGAAGCCACAGGAAACUCCAGUUGUUGUACCUCAGACCAGUAACUCCAUCAAGGUCAAGACCUUCGAGGAGAUUAUGCGGGAGAAACAGAUUCGAAAGCAGGAAAUGGAGGAACAGGCCAAAGCAGGAGCAGCUGAAGCAGAGCAUCCCCAGAGCCAGAAUGCUGGUGGUACCCUGAAAAGGAAGGUUCCUGCAAAAAGCAGUCUUACAUCACCGUGCUCCUCCUCCUCACCUUCUUCCACAACUCCAGCUGCUGAUUACACCCAAAGAGUCCCUGUUCGUAAGCUAGUUCCUCUCAGAUCAAUGGCUGCAUCACCCCUGAACAGUGUGGCUACUCCUGAAACAAUAGCUGCCAGCGUUACUGUGCCCUCAGUCCCAGUGAAGCCGAGGUCUUCAGCACAGCAGACUAGGACCAAGUCCCACUGCAGCGCCAGGAUGGUCCCAGACAAGAAAACACAGAUCUCCACUGCACUGUCACCAGUCACGCAGGCUCUUGUGGUAGCAACCUCUACUGCUGAUGAAACACUGGAUAAUGAUCAACAGAAAUCCCCAGAAAACACUGCAGACACUAAAGUGAGACCCAAAUUGAAUGUGAAACCAUCUGUCAUGAAGCCUGCAGUGCAGGUGAAGCCUGGCCAAAGGAGGAGGGGAGCAGAACAAUCUGCUGUAGCUGCUGUCAAACCCCUGAACAGCCCCUCUGCAGCAAAGGAGGAGCCACAGCAAGAGACACCACACAGAGACACACCUGUGUUCCCAUCUAUCAGUGUGGAUGGUCAGCUGAGCUCCGCUGUGCCCUGUAGUCUUAUCACCCAGCUGGGGUCUGGCUCCAGCUCCAGCCCAUCAAGUGAGGAGCUUCAGACUGUCCCAGUCUUCAAACAGAGUCUAGGCCAAGAAAGCAAUCCAGCCAUCAGUGGUGCUGCUGCUAGAGAGUCCUGGAUGGUCCCCCAAAGCCUAGUCCUGAAGACACCCUCUCAGCCCAAAUCAAGGAGAACUAGUACUGCAGCAUCCCGAGUAGCCUCCACCUCGGGCGCCCCCACCUCCACCAUGGAUGACUUCGAGGAGUUGAUCAACGAGUUUACUGACGACCACCUUGAUGAUGACGUAGACCCCGGCAUCGGAGAGGACGACCUGCUGCAGGAGCUUUCUGAAAUGAUUGACAGCUGAGAGCUCUGUCAAACACAAUCAAAAGCCUGCCCCUUAGUCUCUCUCACAGACUUGUUUUGUGACUUUAUAUUUAUCCCAGUAUCUACCAUGGAGCAAUUUAAACAUAUGUAGUUCUUAAAAUUUCAACUUUUUUAAGAGUUAGGGUCAUAUAUGUUGUUUAAUUUUUGGCAUCUUCUCUCAUAGACAAUCCUCUUUCAUUUCCUGUCCACGUGAAUAUCUGAUGAUGGAGGAAUUAUUCUGCAGGGCCUCAGUCAUGUUCAUCAUGUGUCCCUCUCGAACAAAACCUUGACUAAAGCUGUGGUGUUUAGAGAUGCUGUUAAGAAUGUUUUCAGGUUGUCUGGAUGAUAUUAAUUCAGAGAGAAGUUAUAUCUGUAUACUGUGUAUGCAAAGGCAGGAAGAAGCUGAAUCUAGAUUUAAUGAAUACUGCUGCACUUAUAUUCACCUGUCCCAAACUAUGUUUUUGUUUUUCUGUCUGUGAGUGAUGAACCUGUUCCCAGAUUAUGACAUUGAAAUGUAUCAGUUUUAUUUCAGCAAGGACUGUAUCUCCGAACUUGAGAAGAAUUUUGGGUCAGGUUACUGUUAGGAUUUAUUUAUUGGUGAGGUGUCUGUGCUUUAGUGAUUUUUUUUUUUUUCUUUUCUAUUCACAUCUGAUAGAGUCCACACCCUGCCUGUGACUAUGUGGCUAUCCUUUAGUUUAUAUAAUGUUUCAUUAAAAUGUAUGUAUUUUUUAAUCAUUUGUUAUUCAGUGGGCAUACUUUGACGCCAACUAUUCUGGGGUAAAUGUCCAAGAACUCAGUUUUUUUCUUUUUGAACACCUCAGGGACUGUUUCUAUGUUCUUUAUACAAUUGGGGGGGACAACACUUUGAUUUCAGCAGUGCUGCCUACAGAUCAUGUUACAGCUUGUUUUAUUCUCAUUAUGUGCAUUUGCUCUGUCCGCACCGUUUCACACAAGCUGACUGUUCAGAGUGACUUGUACAUUUACUGUAAAUAAAAAAUUAUUUUAACGAA